GUAACAGAAAAAAAUGAGGAAUAAGUUUCCACUUCACGGUGGAUGAGGAAGAUGAUGAUGAAGGUGAUGAUCUGUGUGGAAGCGCGUGUCCUCCCUCGUGCCCUCUGCGCGUCUUCAUGGACUUCAGUCACAGUUGGUGUUGAAUCAGAAAUCAGGACACCUUUUUCAAAGAAGUGAAAUAUCAGCGUUAGUGACGCGUGUUUUGUCCUGCGUGGAUCUGAGUGAAUUAAUAUCAUUAGUGGGGUGUGUGGCAGCUGCGUUCACAGUGUGUUUGUGUGUUUAUUAGUUAUUGGAUUAUUCAACAAGAUUGAAGUAAAGGUUGGAGGAAGACGAAGGAGUAGAAGGAGCCAGUCGUUUGUGCGUAAAUGGAAAUAAUGCGCAAAGUGUUUGGCGUUUCAUUGCGAUGCUUUUUCUCGUUUUGUGUGUGUGUGUGUGCACGCGUGCUUGUUUAUAACGGAGGGGAAGAAGUCCAUCUGCUUUAUUAGACUGUAUUUGCAUAAAACUGGAAGUUGUUACAGAAACAGUUGCUCUAUAUGUAGUGUGUUUUUUAAGGGUAUAUGUAUUUCUAUGAGUCGCAGCAUCUCUGAGUGUGUGCGUGAGCGUGCGUAAAGACCGACAGGCUCGAGCGCUUCAUUUCGAUUCACCGGGGACCCCUGCGCGCAACAAGAGCCCCCCAUGGGUGCAAUAGUGCAAGCACAGACGGCGGUGAUUGGCCAGAGGUUGAUCAGAUGGUACACUUCCCCUCUGUAUUCAGUGGCACCUCACAACCCCCCCUUUCAGCAAAAACCAAAUCUCGGAUAAAGUAAUGGCAAAACCACUUGGACUAUAAAAGACAACAAAUCAUAUUCCUCCGGAGUAUAUACACCCCGUUGUCCACCCAAUGAGUUCCUAUUUUGUUAACUCAACUUUUCCCGUGUCUCUACCGGGAGGACAGGACUCUCUCCUGGGUCAGAUACCGUUAUAUUCCUCGGGAUACACCGAUCCGUUAAGACACUACUCCAACGCGGCCACAUAUGGAGCAGCCAACAUGCAGGAGAAGGUUUACCCGGCGUCCUAUUACCAGCAGACGGGCGCAGCGGCCGCGGCCAUCUACGGAAGGGCCGGCGGCGGAGCGCCCUGCGACUACAACCCGGUCGGGACUUUCUACAAGGACGCGGAGGGCUCGUGCGCUUUCUCGAACCGCGACGACCAGCCGCUGUUUGUCACUCAGGAGCAGCGCAAAGCGGAGUGCCCGGAGCAGACUGUCAGUAUGAGCAGCAGCAUCGACGACAAGUCCUCCACUCUGAUCUACCCGUGGAUGCAGAGGAUGAACGCCUGCUCCGCCGACACACCACUACAGAUUUCAAGUGCACUCUCAGGUCCUUUUGGCAACAGUGGCCGCAGGGGCCGACAGACCUACACCCGCUACCAGACUCUGGAGCUGGAGAAGGAGUUCCACUUUAACCGCUACCUGACCAGGAGGCGCCGGAUAGAGAUCUCCCACGCCCUGUGUCUGACGGAGAGACAGAUCAAAAUCUGGUUUCAGAACCGCAGGAUGAAGUGGAAAAAGGAGAACAAACUCCUCAAUCCCUCAAAGACACCCGAGGAGGAGGAACAGGCGGAGAAGAAGAGCUAAAAGGACACUGACAGAAAGGCAUGUGUGUGUGUGUUUGUGUGCACACUCCCAAAAUAAUAAAAAAAAGGAUGUAUUAUUUCUUUGUAGAUAAAGUGCUGCAAAUCACAUGUUAGAGACGUGUAGAGUGAUAGACUUUAUUUCAGUAUCUGCACGGUGAUAAUGUCUGCAUUAGGUUAAAAUCAGGUCCUCCUCUGUUUGUCCUUGUGCUCGUGUGUGUUUUAUUUAGGGGACUAUGCAAAAAUCCGCCAAAAUGUAAAUAAUUUUUAGUGUUUAGUUUCUGACAAUGUCGUUACCUCAUGAUCGUAGGCCUACUGAGUUUUAUUUUCUUAUUAUUUGUGUUAUUUUAUGACAUUAAAAAGAGGCUUUUUGUCCUUCCUACUGUACAUCCUGUGGUGUUAGUUGUUCUAUGAUAGUCUCUAGGCUUGUUGUUUACAGCUGUGCCAUCAACACUGACAUUUGUACAGAUGAGAAAUGUUACAUGUUAUUUAUUGUUGUUCACAUUGUGUUCAAUGCACAUCUGGAUAUUGUGUGCAAUAUUUUGUUUAGGAAAUUGUACAUAGAAAUAAAGGCUUUUUGAUGUAUAUUG